CAUGAUUAAAAAUGGCAGCGCCCAUAAGAAGUUUACUGUUCUACUUCGUUUUGUCGAUAUUUUGCCGCUUCAAGGCAAUUUCAACAUUGCCAAUUGUUGUCAACACAUGGCCUUUUACAAAUGCAACAGAAACGGGUUACAAUGUAUUUCUAACUGGAGGAAGUGCUGUAGAUGCUGUUGAGAGAGGUUGUUCUAAAUGUGAAGUUCAGAGAUGUGACGGAUCAGUAGGGGAAGGAAGUGAUCCAGAUGAGGAAGGGGAGGUCACUCUAGAUGCAAUGAUAAUGGAUGGGGAAAGCAUGGAUGUAGGCUCUGUUGGCUGUUUGAGGAAUAUCAGUUCUGCCAUUAGUGUAGCACGCAUGGUGAUGGAAAGAACAGAUCAUACUCUUCUAGCAGGGGAGUUGGCUACCAAAUUUGCUGUAGAAAUGGGCUUCACAGAAAGUGACCUUAGUUCUAACAAGUCUGAUACCAUGUACAAACAGUGGAAAACAAACAACUGCCAGCCUAAUUACAGAGUUAAUGUUAAUCCAGAUCCCAAGAGGAGUUGUGGCCCUUAUCAUCCAAAUACCAAUAUAUACAGAAAAGAGACUAGAGAAGACAAAGGAAUUGGAUAUUUAAAUCAUGACACAAUUGGAAUGGUAGCUGUUGAUAAAAAUGGACAUGUGGUCUCUGGAACCACCACCAAUGGUCUUAACCACAAAAUUCCUGGACGAGUAGGAGAUUCUCCAAUAGUAGGAGCGGGGUCCUAUGCUCAGAACGGAAUGGGUGGUGCUGCAGCCACAGGUGACGGCGACAUUAUGAUGAGGUUUCUACCCUCGUACACAGCUGUACAGUUGAUGGGGAGUGGCAUGAGCCCCUCAAAUGCAGCUUUGUCCUCCAUCAAGCCAAUCAUCAAGUACUUUCCUGAUUUCGAUGGUGCUGUUAUUGCAGUAAACCAUAAAGGAGAACAUGGUGCAGCAUGUCAUGGUGCUGGUAUUGGUACAUUCCACUAUUCUGUGAUGGACAAUCCCAGUAAAGUUAAUUUAUUUUCAGUGAAAUGUGUAUAACCUAAACAGACUUGAUGCCAAUGGUCUUUCAUAUUUUUCUGUGAUUUCUAGCAUUUUGAAAUUUUUAUGUACAUGAUUAUUGUGUAAAGAUAUUAAAAUCUGCAUUUACAUUGUUCAAAAAAGUGCAUUUAGCUUCAUGGACAAGAUAUGAAAACAUGUAUAUAAUAAGGACUUGAUUAAAAAAAAAGAAGACAUAAUGCACCAGUAUCCAAUUUCAAAUCCAAUAAUCUGUGGAUUUCUUUACUCUCCAAAUUGCAUAUCAU